AAUGAGAGCCAGAUUACAUCGGAAAAUCUUGUACCCAGAAAAACUUACUAUUGUGUUUCAGAAGUAUUUUAUAACGAACAUAAAUUUAUCAGUGAAGGAAAAUUUAUCAAAACAGAUUUUGGGACUCCAGGAAAGCCUACAAAUCUUUCUUGUUCAAAGGAAGCAAACAUAACUCAAGAAGAAAUUUCCUGGGAACCCCCACAAAGUGUUGUUCAUAAUUUUCUUUUUUGUUAUUGGAACGAUUCAGAAAAUGCGUGCACGAUUCUGGAACCAAAUCGAACCAAAUAUACUUUGAAAAAUUUGAAAGCUUAUAGCAACUAUUCUGUAUCAGUACUUGCCUACACCUUUGGAAAAGUGCAACGCAAUGGAACUGCCAGUCCAUGUACACUUCAAACAGAAAUAAUAAAGCCAGGUAAGGUGAAGGGCCUGACUGUUAGCCUGAAAUCAGAUAACAGUAUGAUGGUGAGUUGUGAGGAGCCGGAUGACCCUAAUGGCCCCAAGAAACGUUACAAUUUGACAAGAAAAGGUGGAGAUAAAGUAUUUACAGAUCAACGUGAUGACUGCUCAUUCUUCAUGGAUAAUCUCCAAUAUUCAACAGAAUAUGUGUUUGAGGUCAGUUUUUACAAUGGGAAAUUUUAUGGACUCGCAGAUAGUAGGACUAAAUCAACAUCUUAUAAUUCUAAAGCUCUGAUUAUAUUUCUGGUAUUCCUGAUUAUUGUGACAUCAAUAGCCCUGCUAUUUGUUCUCUACAAAAUCUAUGACCUGCAUAAGAAAAGAUCCAGCAAUUUGGAUGAACAACAGGAACUUGUUGAAAGGGACGAUGAAAGACAACUGAUGAACGUGGAGCCGAUCCAUGCAGAUACUCUGUUGGAAACUUACAAGAGAAAGAUUGCUGAUGAAGGAAGACUCUUUCUGGCUGAAUUUCAGAGCAUACCACGGGUGUUCAGCAAAUUUUCUAUCAAGGACGCUCGAAAGUCCUUUAACCAGAACAAAAACCGCUAUGUCGACAUUCUUCCUUAUGAUUAUAACCGUGUUGAACUCUCUGAGAUAAAUGGAGACGUCGGGUCAAACUAUAUAAAUGCCAGCUACAUUGAUGGUUUCAAAGAACCCAGAAAAUACAUUGCUGCACAAGGACCCAGGGAUGAAACUGUUGAUGAUUUCUGGAGGAUGAUCUGGGAACAGAAAGCCACGGUUAUUGUGAUGGUCACUCGAUGUGAAGAAGGAAACAGGAACAAGUGUGCAGAAUACUGGCCAUCAACGGAACAAGGUACCAAGACUUAUGGAGAUGUGGUUGUGAAGAUCAACGAACACAAAAGAUGCCCAGAUUACAUCAUUCAGAAAUUGAGCAUUACAAAUAAAAAAGAAAAAGCCACUGGCAGAGAGGUGACCCACAUUCAGUUCAUCAGCUGGCCCGACCAUGGGGUUCCUGAAGAUCCUCACCUGCUCCUCAAGCUGCGACGGAGAGUGAACGCUUUCAGCAACUUCUUCAGUGGCCCCAUCGUGGUGCACUGCAGUGCUGGUGUCGGACGCACAGGCACCUACAUCGGAAUUGACGCCAUGCUAGAGGGCCUGGAAGCGGAGAACAAAGUGGAUAUUUAUGGUUAUGUAGUUAAGCUCCGGCGACAGAGAUGCCUGAUGGUUCAAGUGGAGGCACAGUACAUCUUGAUCCAUCAGGCCUUGGUGGAAUACAAUCAGUUUGGGGAGACGGAAGUGAGCUUGUCUGAAUUACAUCCAUAUCUACAUAACCUGAAGAAAAGAGAUCCCCCCAGUGAGCCGUCUCCACUAGAGGCUGAAUUCCAGAGGCUUCCUUCAUAUAGGAGCUGGAGAACACAGCACACUGGAAAUCAUGCAGAAAAUAAAAGCAAAAACAGGAAUUCUAAUGUCAUUCCAUAUGACUUUAACAGAGUGCCACUUAAACACGAUCUGGAAAUGAGCAAAGAGAGUGAACAUGAUUCAGAUGACUCAUCUGAUGAUGACAGUGACUCAGAGGAAACCAGCAAAUACAUUAAUGCAUCUUUUAUAAUGAGUUACUGGAAACCUGAAGUGAUGAUUGCUGCUCAGGGACCACUGAAAGAGACCAUUGUUGACUUCUGGCAGAUGAUAUUCCAAAGAAAAGUCAAAGUUAUUGUUAUGCUGACAGAGCUGAAGAAUGGAGACCAGGAAACCUGUGCUCAGUACUGGGGAGAAGGAAAGCAAACGCAUGGAGAUACAGAAAUUGAGAUGAAAGACACAAACACAUCUUCAGCUUAUACCCUCCGUGAAUUUGAACUGAGACAUGGCAAGCGGAAAGAUACCAGAACCGUGUAUCAGUAUCAGUAUCAUAACUGGAAAGCAGAACUUCCUGCAGAACCCAAAGAAUUAAUCUCUAUGAUUCAGAGCCUCAAACAAAAACUUCCCAAGAGGAAAUCCACUGAAGGGAAUAAGAAUCACAGGAAUGUGCCUCUCCUCAUUCACUGCAGGGAUGGAUCUCAGCAAACAGGAGUAUUUUGUGCCUUAUUAAAUCUCUUGGAAAGUGCAGAAACAGAAGAGGUGAUAGAUGUUUUUCAAGUAGUAAAAUCUCUGCGUAAAGCCAGACCAGGAAUGGUCUCCUCCUUUGAGCAAUACCAAUUCCUGUAUGAUAUCAUUGCCAGCACUUACCCUGCCCAGAAUGGACAAAUAAAGAAAGGCAACAAACAAGAAGAUAAAGUUGAAUUUGAUAAUGAAGUGGACAAACCAAAGCAGGAUGUGAAUUCUAUUAGUCCCCUUGGUGCCGCGGAUAAGACCCAGGAAGGAAACAAAGAGGCUGAAGGUCCUGAACCCACGAGUGGCACCGAGGAACCAGAAAAUUCUGCCAAUGGCCCUACGAAUUCAGCUUUAACCCAAAGUGCAUAGGAAAAGACGCAAAUGAGGCAACUGAAAGCCUCCCUCCCUCUUAGCUGUUAUUUCUAUUUUUCUAGAAGUAGGGAGAGGAAACUAGGUAUAUGGUGGAGUAACAUAGUGUGUUGGACCAGUGUUUGUGGGGAACUUCUAUUUUUAAUACUGUGGAAAAAUAUUUAAGGUGGUUUUCUGAAAUGUUUUGUACAGUCUUUUUCUUAUUUUAAUUUUUUUUCUAUCCAGCAAAAACAGCUUUGCAGUCUUUGCAUGUAUGUAUGAGUGUGAGACAGAGAAAAAGAGAGAACUUUCUAGUGCUCUCUAAAUGCUCUUGAGAAGCUUUGCCAUUUUGUUUUCAUGAAGGAUAAAACACACAGUUCUUAAUGGAAGCGUUAACUUAGGUUGAGAGAUUUACCUUCUAAAUCAUAAAUAGCGUGUGGGCUGUGUGUGAGAACAACAUGUAUAUUUCUAGAAUGACCUCAAGAUGUCCUCAUUGUCCUACUCAUAUAUAUCUUAUAGUUUACUGCUUCACUUCUAGAGAUGGCAUGUAGAAGUGGUGUGUGAGUGCAUAGGUACUACCAGAAGGUUAACUAAAUUAACAUUGGGAAACCCUAGACUCCGUGUAUAGGCAUUUAGUACAGUAUCUCCUCCAGCUCACGUUGUCAUCCAAUUUAAAAUUUCAUGUGAGCGUAUCUUCUUGUCUUCACAUUGUGUUUACAAUUUUGCAACAUAUAUACUUCUCUGUAUAAUAUGUGAAAUGUAUUCCUUAAUGUUUUUGGCCAAAAAAUUAUGUUUGUGAAAUUCAGUAAACUUAAAUAAACAUCUUUAAAACCAACAAAUAUUUUAUAUAUGUAUAUAUUAAAAUUCAUAGGAUUAAAAUAAAAGCAUGCAAAUUUAUUUGUGCUAAAUAUUUGCCUAGGAAGCAUAAAAUGGCUAUUUUCACAGAAUUCAACAUGGAUAUGAGAAAUACAGUAUGGCAUGUGAUUAUUUUCCAUGUGAAAGUUUGUCCUAGAUUUUCACUGAAGUGUGUUUACUUUGAAUUUCUAAAAUGCCUAGACUGCUUUUUAUAAGGAAUGGCUAUUAAUCAACCUAUCACGAUAUAAUCCAGGCAUCGUCUUUUAUUGUACAUAAGUCAUUUCAUGUGCUGUAUGUUUAUAUACAUAAUAUGGAAGCGCGCAUUAAAAUACAGUUUCCAUUCAAUUUAAAACAUUGGUAGAGAGCUCUUUUAUAGUUACCCAUUUUUUGAAAAGCCUCAUAGUCUUAAAAAUUGUUUAGGAGCUAGAAGAAACCUCCAGAAUAGUGGUAUUUUCCAAAGAAAUAAUAAAAACAACUGCUUUUGGUGGAUUCUGUAUGAGCUUAUUACAUUUGUCACAUACUACCUUUAGGUUUGGUUUUAUUUUCUACAACUCCACUCCCUUGACUGAUUUUAAAUAUCUUGAGCUAUACGUCAUCAUUUCUUUCCAUUCAACUCAUUGACUUUGGGUUCACGCUCUUAAUUCUUUUAUUAUUAUGUUCACGCAAUUAGCAAUUAAUCCUUAUAUUGUAUAGAACCUUACCCUUAUUAACUCAUGAAGAGAAGUGACUAUUAGAAUGAAGCAACAGUUCCUAAUUUAUAUGAAGGCUACUUAUUAGCAAGAAAAGGGAAUUGGGAACCAUCAAUUAUGGGUGCCAGAAAGAAAGAAAGCUUGCUUUUACUUCUCUCAUCAGUCACUUGAAUGCUUGUGCCUCAGUUUCUCCUAUUGAAACUUGGUCGGUGGUAUUCAUUAGAGAGCGUAGUUAAAAUUUAUAGUUCUCACAUUCACUAGUCCCACAUGAUGGGUCUGUUUUACCUGUAAAUUCCUUCAAAAUACCAGCACAAAAAGUUUUCAAUUUUAAACACCUACAAGUUUGCCUCAGAUUGCAGCUGCAUGUGGCAAUUCCUACACGCGGGAUGUUUUGUGUUUUAAAUGUAUAUUUUCUACCGGAAUCUGUCCUUUCAAUGUUACAAAAUAAAUACCUAGAAACUUGCUAUUAGUUUAAGAAGGACGCUGGAAAAAUUUUUUUUUUCCUGCAAAUGGGUAGUUGUCAUAAAAGAAGAGAUAAAGUAGUGUCUCAGAAGGUCCAUCACACUGUGAGAAAUACAUCAACUGGAAAGAGAGGUCCGCUGCACUGGAACAUGGAAUUCUUUUAUACGUCUAUGAUUUUUAUCUUAAAAAGAAAAUAAGUGAAGCACACACCUAAGACUAUGGAUUGUAUUCCUCAGGAAUCUGUCAUGAGAUAUAAAAUAUUUAUUUUCUAGAAUUUAGCUCUGCCCUCAAAAAUUCCAAGACCUAGUCAGAAAAAUUAAGCAAAAAACUCCAACUUAAUAAAAUCUCAUCCGUUUUUAGGGGAAAGGCCCUGGAUCUCAUUGUAAGUCUUUUGGGGGAAGAAAGAGACUGAUACAUUUCUUUUUUUAAGUUUAUUUUAUUUCUGUUACCAGAAUUCACUGGGAACAAAAGAUACAUUCAGUCUUGUAAAACUUCAGCUCCCGUCAUUAAUUUUGUAUGUAAGCAAAAAAGUAAAAAUUUGCAGGAAAGAGAUAUAUAUUUUAAUAUCAUCUUGUAGUGGUAAAACUGUGAUUAACUGAAAGUCUUUGCACUGGUACUUUAAAAAACUGUAAGCCUGCAUUCAGAACUCUAAUAUUCACACAUUGAAAUUUUAAUACCUGUUUUUGUCCUUUUCCCCCUAAAACAUUGAAUGUAAAGUUUAUUCUUUCUUACAACUAACUGGGCCUGAUCCUAAUAUUUAAUUACAUGAGAAAUUUAUUAUAAAACAUUUUCAUUGCAUCAUAUUAAAACCAAAAAACCAAACCCAUUGCAGUCGAGUCAAUUCUGACUCAGCGAUCCUACAGGACAGAGUAGAACUCCCUCAUAGAAUUUCCAAGGAGCACCUGGUAGAUUCGAACUUCCGACCUUUUGGUCAACAGUUGUAGCGCUUAACCACUAGGCUAUCAGGGUUUCCACCAUGUUAAAGCCAAAAAAGCUAAACCCACUGCUAUUGAGUCGAUUCCGACUCAUAGCAAUCUAUAGGACAGAGUAGAACUGCCCGAUAGAGUUUCCAAGGAGCGCCUGGCAGAUUCAAACUGCUGACCUCUCGGUUGGCAGCCGUACCGCUUAACCGUUACGCCAGGGUUUCCUCCGCCAUAUUAGGUCUAAAAAGAUGGGUGGUACUUGCUCCCCAGCUAAUUAUAAGCUGCUUCUUAUAAUGAAGAGCUUAAAACGAACAACUUCAAGGAAAUGAUUAUCUGUUGAAUAGAAAAGGGUUUGCUUUCAUUCUUCUAGACAUAUUUUACAACUGGAAGGAUCUAAAGAUUCUUCAAAGAGACAUAUUCCAAAAAGGGCUUUUUUCUUUCCUGUUCCGAAUAAAAAGAUUUAUUCUUCUAAGGGUCCAUUUUCUGUAAUCAUUCUUUUGUAAACCUCUUUACAUUUCCAUCUUUCUGAACCAAAAAUUAUGGAGAAUUUUUGAUUAAUAUAUGUAGGGCUUUUAAGAGUUUUCGGUCAUUUACAGCAAAUGAAUUCUUAUUUUUGCUGAGAUCCCCUAAAGACAGGCUAUUUUUUCCUAGUUACUCAUGGUUACUUUCUCCCUGAUGGCUUGAAGUUUGGUUGUCAGAUAAGCUUGCCUCAUGCAAUAUUUGGGACAUGUUCAUACUAUAAAAUUAGCCGUUAAUUAGCCAAAAUUCAAAUUCAGCUGGGCAUCCUGUAUAUUUAUUUACCAAAGCAAACAACUCUAACAUGGAGGAAUUUGCAAUGUAUAUUUCAUUUAAAAGAGCAUUUGAUGCAUGUGUUUUGAUGGUUAUUCUUGGUCAAAACUUCAGUAUUUUCAUCCAGCAUGUGAAAAUAUAACCUCUCUUCCUAAUAAGUGGGAUCCUGGGAAGAAAAGGUUACAUGAAAUUAUUUUGACUAAUAUACAAAUAGGAGCUUAAAAGAUCAAUAGUAACUCAAUCAAAAGGCAUAGUUCCUGUAUCCUCACUUAAAAUAAAAAUUAUUCUUAUUAUUAUAAUAUUUAUUGGGAGACUCUAGGUGGUGCAAAGGGUUAAUGUGCUCAGCUGCUAACCAAAUGGUGGGAGGUUUAAGUCUAUCAUAGGCACCUCGGAAGAAAGGCCUGGUGAUCUACUUCUGAAGAAUCAGCCACUGAAAACCCUAAAGUAAUGGAGAAUUUUAUCUUAAUAAAUAACGAAAUGUUCUGGUUUGUAAACUUGUUUAAUUUAUUGCAAGGUAGUUGUCUUAGUUAUCUAGUGCUGCUAACAGAAGUACCACAAGUGAAUGGCUUUAAUAAACAGAAAUUUAUUCUAUCACACUUUGUUGUUGUUGUUAGGUGCUGCUGAGUCGAUUUCAACUCAUAGCAACCCUAUGCACAACAGAAUGAAACACUGUCAGUCCUGCGCCAUCCUCGUAGUUGUUGCUAUGCUUGAGCCCAAACAAUACAUCUCGUUGAGGGUCUGCCUCUUUUUUUGCUGACCCCGUACUUUGCCAAGCAUGUUGUCUUUCUCUAGGGAUUGAUCCCUCCUGAUAAUGUGUCCAAAUUCUGUGAGACAUAGUCUCCCCAUCCUGGCUUCUAAGGAGCGUUCUGUUUGUACUUCUUCCAAGACAGACUUGUUCGUUCUUUUGGCAGUCCAUGGUAUAUUCAGUGUUUUUCACCAACACCAAAAUUCAAAGGGGUCAAUUCUUCAGUCUUCCUUAUUCAUUGUCCAGCUUCUGCAUGCAUAUGAGGCGAAUGAACACACCAUGGGUUGGGUCAGGUGCACCUUAGUCCCCAAGGUGACAUCUUUGCUUUUCAACACUUUAAAGAGGUGUUUUGCAGCCGAUUUACCCAAUGCAAUGCGUAUUUUAAUUUCUUGACUGCUGCUUCCAUGGGUGUUGAUUGUGGAUUCAAGUAUAAUGAAAUCCUUGACAACCUUCAUCUUUCCUCUGUUUAUCAUGAUGUUGCUUAUUGGUCCAGUUGUGAGGGUUUUUGAUUUCUUUAUGUUGAGGUGUAAUCCAUAAAGAAGGCUGUGGUCUUUGAUCUUCAUCAGGAAGUGCUUCAGGUCCUCUUCACUUUCAGCAAGCAAAGUUGUGUCAUCUGCAUAAUGCAGGUAGUUAAUGAGUCUUCCUCCAAUCCUGAUUCCCCGUUCUUCAUAUAGUCCAGUUUCUUAGAUUAUUUACUCAGCAUACAGAUUGAAUAGAUAUGGUGAAAGGAUACAAUCCUGAGGCACACCUUUCCUGACUUUAAACCACUCAGUAUCCCCUUGUUCUUUUUGAACAACUGCCUCUUAAUCUCUGUAGAGUUUCUUCAUGAGCACAAUUAAGUGUUCUGGAAUUCCCAUUCUUCACAAUAUUAUCCAUAAUUUGUUAUGAUCCACACAGUCAAAUGCCUUUGCACAGUCAAUAAAACACAGGUAAACAUCCUUCUGGUACUCUCUGCUUUCAGCCAGGAUCCAUCUGACAUCUGCAAUGAUUUCUCUGGUUCCACGUCCUCUUCUGAAUCCGGACUGAAUUUCUGGCAGUUUCCUUUUAAUAUACUGCUGCAGCAACUUUUGAAUGAUCUUCAGCAAAAUUUUGCUUGCAUGUGAUAUUAAUGAUAUUGUUUGAUAAUUUCUGCAUUCGUUUUGAUCACCUUUCUUGGGGAUAGGCAUAAAUAUGGAUCUCUUCCAGUUGGUUGGCCAGGUAGCUGUCUUCCAGAUUUCGUGGCAUAGACAAGUAAGCACUUCCAAUGCUAGAUCCAUUUGUUGAAAUAUCACCAUUGAUAUUCCAUCGAUUCCUGGAGACUUGUUUUUUGCCAAUGACUUCAGUGCACCUUGAACUUUUUCCUUUGGUACCAUCAGUUCCUGAUCAUAUGCUACCUCAAUAUCAUAGAAGUUAAGAUUUCCAACACAUAGGAUAAUUACAUCAGAUCACAAAAUGAAGGACCACCAUACCACACAAUACCGGGAAUCAUGGCCUAGCCAAGUUGACACGUAUUUUUUGGGGUGGUCACAACUCAAUUUAUAACAGUAGUCAUGGCAAGGCACACAUGUAAGCCCUGAAGACAUUCAUUUAGCAUUAGAGCAUCAAAAUGAACAAUUAUAAUUUUAGUUUAAAAGUUAGAGCCCAAGUCUUCAGACUUCGGGCUUUUACCUUUAACUAGUGGCCUCGGGGAGGAGACUUGAGUGCCCCUCAAACUGAAAAGAGGUCCCGAGGAGCUAGGGUUCGAGGUCAGUUGUGAUGAGCAGUAAUCUCAGCAGGCUUCUCAGUCUUAAGACAGAGAGUCAGAAAGAUUUUUUGCUUUUGUCUUCUUCUCCGAAAAUGAGCAGAAACCCAUGGGUUUAUAUACCCUGUGUGCUCUUGCGUUCAACUAUAACUGGUAUGUUUUAUUGCCAAUUAAAGAAUUGUUGUAUGACAUAUUUAUGUCAUGUUUAUUGCCAAUUAGGGAGUUGUUAUGUGGCAUAUUUAUAUUCUUGUCUGCUACAUGGCUUAAGGCCAAGUUAAUUAAUUAAAAAUUAUGGGCAUUGUUUAGUGACAUAUUUAUGUUUUGUUAACUUAUAGAGAUUUGAUUAACGUUACAUUCUAUUAUCACAGAGUGCAGGUGCACAGCCCAAUUUCAGAAAGUUAUUUAGGACCUCCUUCACAUGUUUCUAUUAUCGUAUUUUCAAAGUUAAACAACUUUCUAGCAACUUAUAGUUAAUGGUUAGAGAGCCUUAUAGAAAUAUGUAUGUUUCUAAUUCUUAUUAUUUAGAAUUUCACACCAUAAGUUACUUAUAUGUAGAUGUUUAAAAGCAUUAUAAAAACAUCAUAAAAGUGUAAAAAGCAUUAUAGAAACAUACAUAAUAGUGAGUUACACAUUUGUUUUAAGAACAUUGAAGAAUCAGAUGUGAUUUGAGAGUAUACAGAAAGCACACAUACCACCUACGGAGCACAGUUCUAUUCUGACACACAUGGGGUCACCGUAAGUAGGAAUCUACUUGAUGACAUCUUCUUCUUCUUCUUUUUUAACAUUUAUUGAGGCACAGUACAUGCCAGAUACUGUUUAAAUUACUUUACCAGCGUUUGUUUCUCAAAAUGACUUUUACGCAGCAGAUUUUCUUACUGCCUCCAUUUUGUAGAUGCAGAAGCCGAGGCUUAGAAAAGUUUGGUACCUUGUGUAUUACUACUAAGUGGCAAAAUCAGGAUUUGAACUGGCACCACAGGCUGUGUUCAUAACCUGCUAUUUUGCUUUCCUGAGCAUCAACUUUGUUCAUAUAUUUUAAAAAUUACUUGAAAAACAACUUGAAUUUAUUUUCUGCUUUUCUUUUACUCCAUGAUUAAAACAAGAAGAAAAAUAAAACUGUAAUAUACCCUCUCCAUUAUACUGCACAAGAUAGUAAGCUUAGCUGAACUCAUAGCAUUGAAGUUAUUAUACAAAAAUAAACACUUUUAAACUUUCAUAGGAAAGGAUCCUUUCCAUAAUGCAUAUAAACCAAGAUUUCCUCAUCAUUACAGUGAGUGUCUGGAAGUAAAAUAAAACAAUACAUCACAAAUGUCAUUGUUGCAUUGUCUCUCAAUUUGGUAAUCAGAGCAAGUUCUCACUGUUUGGAUCCCAUUUCAGUGUGUUUGUCAGAGGACCCAUCAAUCAGUAUCUUAAACAAGUUAACAGGGCAGUAUAAAGUGCGAAGCAUAUUUAUAGAGAUUUAAAAAAAAAAAAAAUCCCAUUGCCAUUGAGUCAAUUCUGACUCAUACGCACACUAUAAGGCAGAGUAAAACUGCCCCAUAGCGUUUCCAGGAAGCGCCUGGUGGAUUUGAACUGCUGGUCUUUUGGUUAACAGUCCAACGCUUAACCACUACAUGACUCACUUUACCUAGAGUGGCAAAGGGAGCCCCUGGAGCUCUAUUCUUUGAAUGAAGCUGCACCAAACUGAGAAUGCCAGGGAACUGGGGAGACACUAUAAAAUAGUGCAGGUGUGUCCUUCUAGAAACUUAGUGCUUUCUUGAUUCAUUACACCAUUUUCCCCAGGAGAAGUUGGACCUGUAGUAGAAUUAAAAAAAAAAAAAAAUUGUCUUCAACUCCAUUCCGACUCAUAGUGACCCUAUAGGACAGAGUAGAAUUUCCCCAUAGGGUUUCCAAGGAGUGCCUGGAGGAUUUGAACUGCUGACCUUUUGGUUAGCAGACGUAUCUCUUAACCACUAUGCCACCAGGGUUCCCAACCUCCAGUAGAAUUAUAUUUAAUUUUUCAGAGAAGAGGAACUUGUUGGAUCAGAUAAUAUCUCUCGUGUAUAGCAGGCAAAUCAGGGCCAGAGAGACUGGUGUUCUGACAAGCAAUAAAAAGUAUUAUCUUAAAGUUUUUAGAUUAUGUGAUCUUACAUGUUUUUCAUGCACAUUCUGUGAAGUGGAAGAAGUUGUGGCAUGAGGAAAAGCAGUAACCUGCCCACUGUUAACAUAUGAGCUAAAAGGCGGGCUAGAAUCUGGUCAUCCUCAGAAAGCAUCAAUCAUUGGUUAACACAGGCUCAGGGUAAGGGUUCCCUUAUGGCCCCCUUAGUACCUUCAUGCUGAGAAUGUUUAUGCGCAAUCAGUAAUUCAUAUUUGUCAUUAAUUCAGACUCUACUACUGAACUACAUUUCAGGGAUUUUGUCAUAUGUGAACAUCCUAAAUUACAGAACAGAAAGGGAAGAAAGGGAUCAUUAGAUUUCUAAGAAAUUAGCAGGAAGCAAACCCCUCUUAUAAAGGAGUUUCCAUUUAUGUUUAAUUAUUUGUUCUCAUUACAUUGACAACUUAACCUAAAGCCAGGGAUGGAAACCAAGAAAUAUGAAGAAGGUUUAAAGCUAAAAGUUCAAGGAUGUUUGUCAGAAUUAGCAGGAGGGGAAAAAAAAAAAAACAAAAAACCUUUCUCAAGGAUAUCUA